UGGAAUGCCUCUUGGAAAAGAACUUUCAUAGAGAGAAAAAGCCAUGAUCAACGUCUUUUGCAUCGAAGGUUACGGUUAUAUCGUGAAACAAAUGGUUUAAAAAGUGCUGACGCCAAUUAUGUUUGUAACAGAUGUAAUUACGGUGAGAAGUUUUUAGUGAGCCCUCCAAAAGUGUCUGCUCGAAAUAAACGUAAAUUCUACCAUUUUUAACUCGACAAUGUCAUGGUUCAGCUGCCGGAUAACUGCAAAUUAAAUGCCGUGAAAACCAUCCAUGGAAUUGUAGUUAGAAUUUCGAAAUUAACUCCACGACUCUAUCCUUUAAUUUAACAAUUAAUUAGUUAUUUACACUACACGUCUUGUACUGUUCGCUUUUCAAAUUCUCUUCGCCACGUGCUAACCGACGCUUACCGGCAACCGGCCCACGCGCCGUAAAUUAUCGAAGAUUGCCGAAUCGUUCCGAUUGGCUCGAAGACGUCCUAGCGGUGACAGGCAGUUGUCAAUAUUUAAGGUUUCUUUUUAAUAAUUAUGGUACCCUCUCCAUGUUUAAGACAAAAAUGAUAUUAACACGACUGAAGAACGAAGACAAAUCAGCUGGACCUUCAUUCGCUGAACCAAACACAAGUAUGUUAUUAACCACUGGUAAUGAGAUGUCGUAAAAUGUCGACGACUUCGGAUUUGCAAAUAAUGGAGAUCGAAGGAUAAAUGAUUUUAAUUUGUGGUUCGAAUGUAAAGGAAAGCUUCAAUGGAUUUACCUCCGGACAAGGCAAAACUUUUGAAGCAGUACGACAACGAGAAGAAAUGGGACAUCAUUUGUGACCAAGAAAGGGUACAAGCGAAAGAUCCGCCGUCGCAUUAUUUAGCAAAAUUACGCACCUAUCUGGAUCCAAAAGCAUCACGAAGCCAUCGAACGUAUCGUUUUUUCACGUUCUUCCAGAAGAGAAAAAUGGUUGGAGAAUCAACAUCGACGCAAGUCCUGCGAGAUCUGGAGAUCUCCUUGCGCACAAAUCAUAUCGAGUGGGUAAGGGAGUUUUUGGACGAAGAAAAUCAAGGCCUGGAUGCCCUCAUAGACUACCUCAGCUUCAGGUUACAAAUGAUGAGACACGAACAACGCCUUUUAGAAUCGCACGCCAAUUCCGAGGAAAAAUUACAAACCGCUGGUUCCGGUGACACCUCACCCUUAAAUAAUGGCUGCCUGAGGCCCCCGAUACACGAACUCAAGGAUAGUCCUGGCGUUAAAAGGAGAUCUCGGCACGUGGCGCGUCUCAACAUGGGCGAAGCGAAGGAUGACAUUCACGUUUGCAUAUUGUGCAUGCGUGCCAUCAUGAAUAACAAGUACGGCUUCAACAUGGUCAUACAACACCGGGAAGCAAUCAACUGCAUCGCUCUAAGUUUGAUGCACAAAAGUUUAAGAACGAAAGCUCUAGUGCUGGAACUGCUAGCUGCUAUCUGUCUGGUGAAGGGUGGACACGAGAUUAUUCUGUCCGCGUUCGAUAACUUCAAAGAAGUCUGCUCGGAAAGGCGAAGAUUCACAACGCUGAUGGAGUACUUCACCGAAUACGAUAGCUUUCACAUAGAGUUUAUGGUCGCUUGUAUGCAGUUCGUGAACAUUGUUGUUCACUCGGUGGAAGACAUGAAUUUUAGGGUGCAUCUGCAGUACGAGUUUACCAAGCUGGGUUUGGAUAAAUAUCUCGAGAGACUUAGGCAUACGGAGAGCGAAGACCUGCAGGUGCAAAUAUCUGCGUAUCUGGAUAACGUAUUCGAUGUAGCUGCUUUGAUGGAAGACAGCGAAACCAAGACUGCCGCGUUAGAAAAAGUAGCCGAAUUAGAAGAUGAACUUGGUCACGCACACGAUAGAAUGGCGGAGUUAGAAAGGGAAUCGUUGGCUAAAUUGGCCGAACUAGAGACUGAACUUGGCGCGUUGAAAGUUGAAUACGCGGAUGCUGUGGAAGCUCGUCGACUUGCUGAAGAGGAGCUGACAGCCCUGAAGAGGCAAAAGCAGGAUUCUGCACGACGGCAAAGCGUCCUAGAGAACAAAAUUAUUGAGCUGGAGACCCUUACUGGCACUCUCACUAAAGGUUCUACAGCCAAUGUUCGAAAUGGAUCAGCAACCAGUCCUCUUAGCAGUUCGGAGAACGUGACGUCUUCAACGCUAAAUUCGACUCCAUCACCGACAUCAGCACAACCACCUCCACCUGCUCCUGCACCACCUCCACCACCUCCACCACCAUGUCCACCUCUACCUCCAAUGGCGCCUCUUUCACCAGGAGAUCAAAAAUUGCCACCGCCUGCGCCUAUACCUCCGCCACCUGCUGGCAUGAUGCAGGCACCAGAUGGCGCAAUGACUAUUAAACGAAAGGUUCAAACGAAGUACAAACUUCCUACAUUAAAUUGGAUCGCGUUGAAGCCUAAUCAAGUACGAGGGACGAUUUUCAACGAGCUAGAUGACGACAGACUGCACAAUUACAUAGACUUCUCAGAUUUUGAGGAACGAUUUAAGAUCGGAAUGGGCGGGCACGUUGCUAACGGCACCAACGAAAUCGAUGGUCUUCAAAGUUUCCCUAGCAAGAGAUUCAAGAAACCAGAAAACGUGUCUCUUCUGGAACAUACCAGAUUAAGAAAUAUUGCCAUAUCGAGGAGGAAAAUGGAAAUGCCUGUAGAGAAAGUUAUUAUGGCCGUGAAUGCGCUUGAUUUGAAGAUACUUUCGCUGGAAAAUGUGGAGCUGUUGCAGCGUAUGGUACCUACGGAUCAAGAGAUCAAAGCAUACCGAGAGUACAUCAUCGAAAAGAAAAAUGUGAACCUUCUAACAGAAGAAGACAAGUUCUUGAUGCAGCUCGGUAAAGUAGAGCGGAUAUCGACCAAGUUGUCCAUCAUGAACUACAUCGGAAACUUUUUCGAUAAUCUACACCUGAUCACUCCGCAAAUACACGCUGUAAUAUCUGCAUCGAGUACAGUCAAAAGCUCCAAAAAGCUUAGGGCGGUAUUGGAGAUCAUUCUUGCGUUCGGAAAUUACUUGAACAGCAGCAAACGAGGCCCUGCUUAUGGAUUCAAACUUCAGAGUUUAGACACGUUGCUCGAUACGAAAUCAACCGAUAAGAGAAUGUGCCUUUUACAUUACAUUGUGGCAACGAUACGCGUCAAGUUUCCGGAAUUGAUCAACUUCGAGUCGGAGCUUAUGUAUAUCGACAAAGCAGCAACAGUUUCGUUAGAAAAUAUAACGACGGAUGUUCACGAGUUGGAGAAGGGUAUGGAUCUCGUGAGGAAAGAGUUUGAACUUCGGGGCAAAGAAAAACAUAACACGGUACUGCGAGAUUUCUUGAAUAACUCCGAAGAAAAGUUACGCCGUCUAAAAUCUGAUGCUCGAGCUGCUGGCGAUGCAUUCCGAGAAUGCGUUGAAUUUUUUGGAGAAAGUCCCAGACAAGCCGAUGCUAACACGUUCUUCUCUCUUCUCGUUAGAUUCGCAAGGGCAUUUAAGGCUGCGGAUCAAGAAAAUGAACAGCGACGUAGAUUAGAAGCUGCUGCCGCGGAAGCUUUGAACGCUUCAGAAGACGUGAUUAAACGAAAUAAAUUAAAUCAAAAGAAGCAGCAGGAUGCUGUGAUAAAUGAGUUAAAAAACAAAACAAGACUGGUUCAGGAGAAGAAGCUCUUGCAACAGGAUGAGGUUUACAACGGUGCACUUGAAGACAUUCUUCUUGGGCUAAGGUCAGAACCAUAUCGAAGAGCAGAUGCAGUUAGACGUAGUCAACGUAGACGCAUUGAUAAUCACAGACUUUCUCGCACUGCCGAAGAACUAGAACUAUAAAUCUUCAGAUUUGCACAAUCGUUCAAUAUUAUUUGUUAGGUUAGAUUACCAACGUUAUGAUUCUACGGGGAUUGCCUUAAAAGCUGUAUACCAUUUCGUAAUAAAAGUGCUUAUAGUUUUCAAUACAAGUUGCAAAGAAAAAAGAAAACGAAUGAGAUGUACGUGGAAUGAACCUAAAAAUUGAAUUUUCUUUUUUUUUUAUUGACUAAACAACGUUGAUAUUUAUUACUGGAAUCUCAUGACAAUUUGAAAAGGUUACGUAGUUGAGUUUUUGUUAAAUUAAAAAAAGGUGAAGGAAGGUAUUUUGUACGACACCAUUGAAAACAAUGGCAACGAGAUGGACGCAUGAUGGGCGAAUUGUAGAUAUGACAAUUGUAAAAAUUUAUACGAUCGAUUUUUUGAAUUUAAUACUAGUGUCACUGACACGUGAGUCACUUAUACGGUGCUAUAAAUUCAUUCACAGCCAAAACAGCAUAAAUUUAAAGUGACAUUUUGAAUGGAUGGUAAUUGACUUUAACCGAAAUUUUGUUACUUGUUCAGUCCGUUUUUUUUCUGUUGUACAAUGCUGAUAAACAUACUCGCAGAAAACAGAUGUAGAAAUGUGUAUUUAGAAGAAUUUGUAGGACUAUUUUUGCAUUGUUUUCCAUUAUUAAUAUCUUUAAGUGAUUAUAUCUGGAAAUUGUUUCCAUUUAAUUAUUGUUGAUUGUUAUAUGCGUUUGAAAUAUUUAUCAUUUUCAAAUUUAAUUGAUAUCUGUUGAUCGUUUGUUUGAGAGUUUCUAAGAAAAAGGAGAGAACGAAGAACGAAAUAUGUAGUUUAAAUAACGAUAAGUAACGAUAAAGCACAUUUAUAUUUGAAGCGGAAUUCAAAGUGUACUUUUGGAUAUUUGUAAAUUUAUAGCUUUUUACGCGCUGCAGUUUUUUAUCGAAUCGUAACAUUCCAUGGAUACACAAAUCCAAACUCUUUAUACAAUUUUCUAAAUGGCAGAGUAACUGAUAUUGUGUCGAUAGCUACAGCAACAAAACGCACAAAUCUUAACAAAAUAUGAAAGUUCCAAAUGCAAAAUGCUGCAACAUUUUUAUAAAGUCUGAAAAAGUCAAUUCUUCUCAUACAAAAUAUGAUUAAGCAACUAAUACAAACAACGGUAGGUUUAUAUUUGAAGCGAACUUUCUUAAAGAAUCUUAUUUUGAUACAAGUAAUAUAUAAAGAUAGCACAACUUAUUACAUUCCGUCAAAACCUCAAGAUACGCUCAAUAUAACAAUAAAUGGUAGCAUUUAGUACAAUCGUUUCUGCUAUAACACAUAUAAUUGAAAUAUGUCAGGUUGCAUUUGAUACGAAAAUAUUUACAUACAAUAGAGUUUCGUUAUGUGGCACUAGAUGAAUUUGCGGGAGUGGAAAAUAUUUAAUGAAACCAUAUAAAUGAAUAUUAUAAUUUUUUUAAUUUUUCACUGUUGAGAUUUCUAAAACUCUCAGUAUAAAAAUAAAAAAAUUUUUAAAUUUAAGAAGCUUUGAUCUUCACAAUAUAAAAGUGGUUUCUAGAUUUUUCAGUCUACAAAUUUAUAGAUUCAUGAUUUUUGAAUUUCAAAAUUUUCGAAUUAGCUUAUUUGAAAAUUUUAAAAUCAUGGAUAAAGAAAAACUCCCUUCACAGGCUAUAAAAAGAAGUGCCAUGUAGGAAAACUACAUUGUAUGUUUAAUAAAAAUAAGAUAGAAAUACCUCUAUUUCAUCCAUUAAAAAAAGAAGAAUAAUAAUUAAAUUAUAGUUACAAGAAAGAAAAUAAUCGAAAUUCUAAUUAUGUAGAAUCAAAAUUAAGUUAAAUGUUUAGUUACAAAUUUAUAAAUCUCAUAAUGUGAAUCAAUGAAGUUAAUUUGCUUAAAUUUUAUUGAGUAUGGAUUGUUCUAGGUUAUAUGAUAUCGAUUUUGAAACAAUUUGAUACAAUUUGAUAAUAAAAAAUUAAAUUGGUUAGUUAACUGUCACACUGUCAUUACAUACAGUAAAUAUUAAUUAAUAAUUUAUGUAGCAAUUUUCUUCAAACUUUAAGCUCUAAAUUAAUAUGCUGUAGGUACCAUUUUAUGUUACUUCAUGUCACCAAAUUAUAUCAAAUUUAAUAUAUUUUGAUAUCGUUAAUUUGAUAUUGUAUAACCUGUUACAUUAAAUUAUUUCAGGCAAAUUAAACGAAAUCACUUAAAAGAAUGCUAGAAUAAAAUAUGAAAUUCGUAGUUUAAAGUCGCAAAUGUACGCUAUAAUAAAAUUUUGAGAUCACAUUUAUAAAAGUCACAAGACAAUACGAAUCAUAUGUCAAAAUUAUACGUUAUAAUCGCGACGGCUGUAAUAGCGGUCUUUCAUAUUAUUCAUCGCCAUGUAAAACGAAAAAAUAAUAGACUUAGAAAGGACUAAUAAACGGCUCAUUCUUCAAAGCGAUUUCAGACAUAUAUUUGUAGUAGAGUUCGGAAAAAGUUGCGCAUACAUUUUCUACACGCCUUUUCCUGGGUGAUUACAUAUCCAGAGCUUUUUGGAAGAAUAAUACGACAAAAUUAUAUUUUCAAUUUUGUAUGUUUUUGAUAUUAUAUACAUAUUACCGAUGAAAAGAAAGGAUGUAAAUAUUAUUGUAAUGUACAAAGUAUACUAGUAGUUAUGAAAAAGAUGUAAUUACUAAUCGUAAACGAAUUUCCAGUGUGAUGUUUAGAUAAGUAUAACAUCUAUGUGUUAUAAAUAUCGCUAAGUAUUUAGUAAUUAUUCGUUGCUAAAUUGAGAAAGGGAAUAGUUUCAAACGAUUGCAGAAAAGAAGGAAACGUAUCUUAUGUAAAAUGUAAAUACUGUGCAUUUUAUUAAAUAAGUUAUGCGAAAUA